AUGGCAGCAAAGGAAAUUGGCACUUGGCAUUCAAUUCGACCCCCUGACCAUGAAGUCGAAGUUGGAACCCGCAGGGGCCGAACGCCUUGCACGAUUCUCCAAGAAAAGGAAGGUACGGAGUGUCCGUACUUCAGAAUUGAAGUUGAGGUCUGCAAUAGCGGCCGUCUCCUCUUCCCCAAACGAGCAGGCUACUUUUGGUCCGAUUCCGUUCUCCAUUGUCCCGGACUCCAAGCCCCCAACAUCUCCAGUUUGAUCUCCCCUCUCCUCUCUUCUACCACCUAUCAUAGCCCUUGCAAACCCAUGACAACGGCAGCUGUUUAUGGAACGGAGUACGGGAACGAUAGCGAAUUCACGGAUACGUCUCCUUCUCCCUCGUACACUGCGGGGCAUGCGGCACAGCUGGCAACCACGACGUCGAAGCCAGCCAUAACUUCCCGUCUACGAGAACACCUCCGUCCAAUGCAAACAAUUGUCUCAUCGAAGGUUUCACGCCGUGCGAACGGACAAAGCUCGUGGCUUGCUGCCCGCCUGAGAACAGCCAACUGGCUUGCGAAUUCAACCUUUCGAUACAGCCCCGUCAGCAGCCCCGAAAGACGUUCUACGGAAGAAGAUUCGCUGCUGGACUCUCAUAGUAGUCUCGACUACUUUAUUUUUGUCGCUGUGGGAUCAGGCCGUCAGCUGGGAGUCUGGAACAGUAAACCUGUCGCCGCCGUCUCCACAUCCGAGGGCGGGCAUUGUCAACUUGGGCCCGUCAGCACCGGCUGCCGCGGCCACAGUCAAAUGAAAGAUACGACUGUCACUGGCAAUGCUGGCCGACGGAUGGCGGCCUGGAAUUUCGGAUCACGGCUGCGCAUCAAGCAAAGGCUUCCCCGCCUUUGA